AUGCCUUCGUUAGACCAAACUCCUUUACUUUCAAGUAAUUCUAAUGGUCAUACCAGUACUCAAAAAUUAUCCUCAUUAAGACGCCACUUCUUAAAAACUUUAAUCACAAUCUUUUAUUCAUCUCCUGUCAAUUACUUAUUAAUAUUCGUUCCAAUAGGUAUAAUAGCUGGUAUUUAUGAAUGGAAUUCAAAUGCUGUUUUCUGGAUUAAUUUCCUUGCUAUUGUCCCAUUAGCAUCCAUCUUAGCAUUUGCAACUGAAGAAUUAGCUGAACAUGUGGGUGAAACUCUUGGUGGUUUAUUAAAUGCCACCUUUGGUAACGCUGUUGAAUUGAUUGUAUCAAUCAUUGCCUUAAAAGAAAAUCAAAUUAGAAUUGUUCAAGCUUCCAUGUUAGGAUCAAUCUUAUCCAAUUUAUUACUUGUUUUAGGUUGUUGUUUCAUUGCUGGUGGUAUUAAUAGACUUCAACAAACUUUUAAUCAAACCGUAGCUCAAACUAUGAGUUCAUUAAUGGCUUUAGCCACUUCAAGUUUAUUAAUUCCUGCUGCUUUCCAUGCUAGUUUACCAUCUCCAACCAAUGAAGAUGAAUUCCCAGUGCCAGGUACUUCAGAUGAUUUAAUCUUAUCAUUAUCAAGAGGAGUAUCUAUUAUUUUAUUAGUGGUUUACGUUAUCUUUUUAUUCUUCCAAUUAAAAACUCAUAAAGCUUUAUUUGAAGUUCAACCGCAAAUUGAUGAUGGUAUACUUACUGCAGUACUUCCUGAAACUAUUUCAUCUGAUAAUACUACAAAUCUUUCUACAAAAGAAAAUGAAGUUAAACAUUUAUCAAUAUCAACUUCAUUAGGUGUUUUAGUAGUAGCUACAAUUUUAGUAUCAUUAUGUGCUGAUUAUUUAGUUGGAUCCAUUGAUAAUAUUGUUGAAUCAUCAGGUUUAUCGAAAACUUUCAUUGGUCUUAUUGUUAUUCCAAUCGUGGGUAAUGCUGCUGAACAUGUUACUGCCGUUGUAGUAGCCAUGAAAAAUAAAAUGGAUUUAGCUAUUGGUGUUGCAGUUGGUUCUUCAUUACAAAUUGCUAUAUUUGUAACUCCAUUCAUGGUAUUAGUAGGGUGGAUUCUUGAUGUUCCAAUGUCAUUAUAUUUUUCUACAUUUGAAACGGCCAUUUUAUUCGUAUCAGUUUUCAUUUCAAAUUUGGUUAUUUUAGAUGGUGAAUCAAAUUAUUUAGAAGGGGUUAUGCUUGUUAGUACUUAUUUAAUUGUAGCAUUGGCAUUCUUCUAUUAUCCUGAUGUUGCUGAUGUUGUUAAAGUAUAA